AUGCACUCUACCAGGCUUUCCGUUCUUUACAUUCUUCUUACAUCCUCCUUGUUGGCUUCAGUAUUACUGGGCUGGUCUGCUACUCCCAAACAAGGAGCUUCUCGUCGUGUCUUUUUGGAUACGGCUGCCAAAGUAGUCCCACUGGUGGCUUUGUCGUCUCCUGCCUUUGCCGAUGACGAAGCUGCUUCUGCCGAGCCCAUCUCUGUUCCCGGAACAACUCCAGUUCCUUCAACUGAAGAAAAUGAAUGCAUUGCCAGAUUAAAGAAGCAAUCUGACGCCAACAAAGAAAAGUAUGCCCAACAAGCCAUUCGUAGUGACAAAUUGAGCAAUGGACAAUUCUCGACUCAAUACCAACGACCAUCCUAUUUUGGUGUUCGCCGCACUAAUGGGUCUUUUGAAAUGGUCGAUCCUAGUGAACUUGACGAAUUGAUGAAGUCUGGCAAAGUCGAAUCGACAUUCGACAAAAUGUCUAACAAGACGGUUUAUGCCUACAAAUAG